AUGGCUUCAGAUAAUGGGAGGAGAAAAGAUCCGGGAUGGAAAUAUAAUUAUUUAGCUAAUGUUGAAGAUAAAAAUGCAGUGACUUGCCUCUUUUGUAAUAAAGUCACAAAGGGAGGGAUACAUAGAGCAAAACAACAUCAAGUAGGGAAUUUUAAAAACAGUACAAAAUGUUUAAAAUGUCCUGAUCAUGUUAGAGAAGAGCUUGCACAGUAUAUGGCAGAGAAGAAGAGUGACAAGGAGAACUAUGACAAGAUGCCUGAUUUUGAUGAUAUAGAUAAUAUGAUUGAAAUUGAGGAUGUAGAUGAUGAUGAGGGUAAGAUGAAGCAAACUAACAUCAAUGAUAAACUUGAUAAAGAGAAAAGAGCACAAGCUUGUCAGUAUAUUGGCCGGCUAUUUUAUCUAGCCGGUAUACCAUUCAAUGUUGCUCGCUUAGAUGAAUUUAAAUGGGCAAUUGAAGCUAUUGGGCAGUAUGGUCCAAAUAUGAAGCCUCCUAAUUACCAUGAGUUAAGAGUUCCAAUUCUCAAAAAGGAGGUGGCUUACACAAAUGAGUUAUUGAGUAAUCACAAGCAAGAUUGGAAGAAAUAUGGUUGUUCUAUUAUGUCUGAUGGGUGGACUAGUAGAACCAAUAAGACCUUGAUUAACUUUUUGGUGAAUUGCCCAUCUGGAACCAUGUUUGUGAAGUCAAUUGAUGCAUCAUCUUUUAUGAAAACUGGGGAAAAAACUUUUGAAUUACUUGAUACAUUUGUAGAACAAAUUGGGGAGGCUAAUGUAGUCCAAGUAGUAUCGGAUAAUGGAUCUAAUUAUGUGUUGGCUGGGAAGUUGUUGGAAGCAAAAAGGCCAAAUUUGUAUUGGACUCCAUGUGCUGCACACUGCAUUGACCUUAUAUUAGAGUAG